AAUCAUUUAAACCGGACAAUUCGGUGCGGGCACGCAAACCAAUUAAUCAAACUUUCAUUUUUUUGGUUAUCUUCUUCUUCUUCUUCUUCUUCUUCUUCUUUCGCGUGUGCCUUGAGGAACUCAAAAACUCAUCUCCAAUGGCUUCAAAACCAAAACCAAAAGACAGAGAUUUCCUAAACCAUCUCGAAACAUAUUUAUCCAAAAGAGAUGGCGUAGACAAACUCCUAAAGAUCUCACGUUACGCAACCAAAAUCGUCCUCGCAUCAUCUCUAAUCCCAGAAACCAAACCCAUACUCCCCCGCCUCAAAAGCUUCGAAUCAAGCGUCGGAGUCAGCCGCAAAGCCUUUCGUCUCGGCAAAUUCGUACAAGACAUCAACGCUCUAAGAUCCUCCAGAUGGGAUUCGAAUCGCGACCUCGUAUUGAUUCUGAUCGCUUACGGCGGCGAAGGAUUGUACUAUUUCGUCGAACAGUUCAUAUGGCUGACGAAAUCGGGAUUGAUCGACGCGAAACACUCGAAAUGGCUUCAGAAGAUCAGCGCUUGGGCUGAANUGUAG